AUGAGUACGGGAAUGGUUAGCGCUUUGAUUAAGAAAGUUCUUGAUGAAGGCAUUAAUCAUAUGGAAAACAAGACCGAAAGUAACCAUAAAUAUCUCGUGUCAACUAGGGAGUGGUUUUCUGGUCCUUUUGACGCGUCCCCUGCUCCUAGUCCGAUUGAUGUUGUUGUCUUCUCGACUCCUCUCCCGGUUGUAGCUUUGCCUCAACCGCCGGAUCCACCAGAUCCGCCAGACUUACAUUGGCUAGAGACGUACAUGGCUCUUGUUCUGAGCCGAGUUUCUUCUAUCGUGUGCAGAUCGAAACCUCGCAAACCUUACUCCUUUAUGGAGACUUACUCCUUUAUGGAGAUGUUACUGCUAGCUAUGGCUCCUCGUUCCAUCAACCGUGUCCUUAGAUUUGACAUCUCUUGCAGUUUUGAGGUUGAAUCACAAUCUUCUUUUGGCAUAGAGCGCUCUCCGGUAUGUAUUCACAUACUUAUAAAGCUCAUUGGAUGGCUUAUCGAUGAAGACAAGUUUAGACUUGUAGUUGUAGGGACAAAACCAGAGACUUAUUCCCCUAGUGUCGAAUCUGGAUUAUUAUGGCUGAUUUGUAUCAAUCUGUGGCAAUUUAGAAGUUUAGUAUAUGAUAUCUCUAUCUUACCCGUGAAUCGGGAUUUAUUGCACACUCAUUGUCCGCUUUUCUCCUUUAUGGAGAAGCAACUUGGGGUCUUAUAUGCUGUUAUUGCCGAUCUAGCAAUUGUUAGUUGUGCACUUGUUGCUGUUUCAAUUGUGGACUUUAGGAUGAGUUUAAUGCAAUAUUUUUACUUAAAUGGACUCUCCUACACUUCUGCGACGUUAGCUACUGCUUUCACGGCGAUAAUGCCUGCCCUCACUUUCGCUAUGGCUUUAGUAUUUCGGUUUGGAAAGCUAAAUAUGAAAACAAAAGUAGGAUUCGGCGUUGUUCUUGGAACUCUGAUCAGCUUUAGUUUUUGCGAUAUACCAAGGCAUUCCAUUGACUCACUCUCAAGAACAAGCAACACCAAGAUCAACAUGAAAUACCCUUGUCAAUUCUCGAGUACCGUUAUUUUAUCGAUUUUUGGUACGCUUCAAUGCACGCUUCUUAGUUUGAUCAAGACUAGACAUUUGGAAGAUUGGAUNCUCAAAGACAAACUCACCAUCGUUACCAUCAUUAUAGCGGGUGUGGUAGCACAAGGAAUCUGUACGGUGGGAAUAUCGUGGUGUAUCAAACAAAGAGGACCUGUCUUUACCGCAUCAUUUAGUCCUGUCAUACUUAUCGUGACCGGAUCUGUGGUGGUUGUGAUCGAUUUAUACAUAUUUCUAUGGAGCAAGAGCAAACAAAUAUAUGAUAGUGAGAUCGCGAAGUUACCUACGAAUAUGGUUGAAGAAGAAAAUGAAGAAGAUGACCGUAUAAGUGUUAAGAAAGGCCAUCUUUUGGUUAUCCCAAUGACUCCUUGA